AUGCUGCCGAUGCUGAGAGCGGAACUUCAGGUGCUCCGCGCCCAGUAUGAGAAGGAAGGUGACUACGUGGGGAUUCAGACCAAGUUCAACUACGCCUGGGGCCUGAUUAAAUCCAACGCCCGAGUCGAACAACAAGAGGGUGUCCGUCUGCUGUCGGAGAUCUUCCGCGCGGCACCCGAACGACGUCGCGAAUGCCUGUACUACCUCGCGUUGGGCAACUACAAGCUCGGUAACUACGGCGAAGCCCGUCGGUACAACGAUCUGCUGCGUGAUAAGGAACCCGGGAACUUGCAGGCAGCUAGUCUGGGCCAACUCAUCGACGAAAAGGUGUCGAAGGAGGGCCUGAUGGGUAUUGCCAUCGUGGGUGGGCUGGCGCUGGCGGCCGGCGUGGUGGUUGUCUACGGUGACAACCUUCCACCCCACCUUUUCAUCGUCCCCCUCUCAUCCACGCUUCGUUUCGCCGUUGGAUUCCGGAUCGCCAUGGCCGACGUGGGGGAUCGCAUGUUCUGCCAUGCUUGUGGCGGCGUCUGGCUGCGCGAAGCCCACGGCAUGAUCUGUCCGCACUGCGAGUCAGACUUUACUGAGAUUAUCGAAAUCCCGCCAGAUCCCGACGCCGAACCCCCGCCCUCAUUCCACCGCCCCCCCUCGCCCCCCGCCGCGGACAACGCCCGCUCCCCGAACCCAUGGGCAGACCAUAAUCCCUGGGCACACCAGGAGGAAGAUGAUGAUAUCGAUCAUGGUUGGGGACCGGGACAUGGAAAUGGAUUCACCCAUCGCACAUAUCGGUCCCCGGACGGCCGCUUCACCUUUUCCACCACAACCUAUACCCACGGUCUCCGAGGGGGGUCACCCCCAACCCAACAGCGACAAGCGAACCCCGACCCACUGAUGCCGAUGGUGCAGGGUCUAGACAGCAUCUUCCAUGGUCUCGCAAGCACCUACAGACAGCAAAAUCGCCCAGGCGGCCAAGCUCAGGCUCCAGGCUCGGAUCGCGACCGCGGGAGGACACUGGGAUCUUUUGCGUUCGACAUCGAGGCGGAGGGCCGGACCGGCACGCAGGCCGGCGGUCUGCACCCGCGAGAUGCGGAUGGUCCGCAACCGGUGAAUAAUCCUCUGCGGACUCUGGGCGAUAUCUUGGAGCUGUUCCGCUCGGAUUUCGGUACAAAUACACAGGCGGGCGGCACUGGCGGCGUGCGGGUGAUGACGGGGCCGAAUCCCCUCGCCAUGCUGUCCACGCUGCUAAACUUUGAUCGUCAUGGGGACGCAGUAUACUCGCAAGAGGAGCUGGACCGCGUGAUCUCGCAGCUGAUGGAACAGAACGCCAACCGGGGAGCGCCACCACCAGCCCCACCCAGUGCGAUCCAAUCGCUGCCGAAGAAGAAGGUCGAUGAGGAGAUGCUGGGGAGCGAAGGUCGAGCGGAAUGCUCGAUUUGCAUGGACGCGGUGGAACUAGGGACGGAGGUCACGGUGCUACCUUGCAGCCACUGGUUUCACUACAGCUGCAUCGAGCUGUGGCUGAACCAGCACAACACGUGUCCGCACUGUCGGCGAAGCAUUGAUGCGCCCCAAUCCGAAAGCGCCAACAGUCCUCCCGGAAACCGGCCAGCAGCAGAAGGCACAAGCGGCAACCCAGUAGUUAUUCCCGACAGUCCGGAGCGCGAACGGAGCCAGCCAUCAGCAACGCGAGACGCUGCAUCCCCAUCAGGCUGGAGCUCACAGUCAUUCUCCUCGUGGUCAUCGCCAUGGUCAGGCUCAGAGGGCCCAGAACAACAACAACAACAACGCCGGAGUAGUCGAGGAGAAGGGUCCGGAGGGUUUACGGGAUGGGUGCGCAGCCGACUCGGCGGAGGGAGCAGCUGA